UUUCCCGAAAACUUGCUAAACAGCUGUUGUUUGGCACUUUUGUUUUUGUUUUCUAUUCCACUUGUGAAAUUAACGGAAACAUUUGCCGAAAUGUUUGAAGCCCGACUUGGUAAUACCCUACUGCUGAAAAGGAUUGUGGAUGCCCUCCGGGAAAUUCUGAGUCAAAGCACAUUGGAUUGCAGUGAUACGGGAAUCCAGCUUCAGGCCAUGGAUGACUCCCAUGUAUCGCUAGUGGCUCUGACACUAAAAACGGAAUGUUUUGAAAAGUAUCGCUGUACCCGCAAUGUAUCCCUGGGCUUGGAUCUUAAAUCGUUGGCCAAAGUUCUCAAAUGUGCCAGUUCAGAUGAUUCAGUCACCAUUAAAGCGGACGAUAAGGCCGAUAAAGUGCUUUUUUGUUUUGAAUCGGAAGGCAAAGAACGCACAGCCGAUUAUGAGCUACGUUUGCUUAAUCUGGACCAAGACCAUUUGGGUAUUCCCGACACAGACUACUCCUGUGUGGUCCACAUGCCAUCUAUAGAGUUUGCUCGCAUUUGUCGUGAUAUGUCCAUGUUUAGUGAAUCGGUGACUAUAGCUUGCACCAAGAAUAGUAUAAAAUUCUCCGCAAAUGGUGAUAUGGGCGUUGCUAAUAUAAAAUUGAGCGAAACCAGUAAAGGAGAUGUUAUUAUCAAUGUGGAUGAACCACUUUCAUUAUCAUUCGCAGGACGAUAUUUAAAUACAUUCACAAAAGCCACACCGCUGGCAGAAAAAGUGAAAAUUGCUUUAGCUGCAGAAGUACCACUAUUGGUUGAGUAUCCCAUAGAGGAUUAUGGAUAUAUACGUUAUUAUUUAGCACCUAAAGUAGAUGAAGCCGAUGUUUAAGAAUUUAUGUAUAUUUGUACAAGUGCAAUCAAUUUUA